ACUUCCUCUGGAGUAUCACCAACAUCAAAAAAUUUAUCCUCCUCUAUUUCAACAUUGUCUGCAUUUAGUCAUAAUGUUGAAUUACGUCAGAAAAUUACUAAAAGUCCUUCAAAUGAUUCGCUCAGUGCUAUUCGUGUAUUUGGCAAUAAAAUGACCGAAUAUGAAUUAACUGAAAUUUUAAAUUAUUCUCGAGUUUAUUUUGUUGGUUCGCAAGCUAAAAAGCGUGGUGGCAUUAUUGGUGGUGCAAAUAAUUGUUGCUUUGAUGAUGAAUCGGGAAGUUAUUUAUUAUAUCCACAUGAUCAUAUAGCCUAUCGAUAUGAAAUAUUAAAAAUUAUUGGAAAAGGAAGCUUUGGGCAGGUUAUAAAAGCUUAUGAUCAUAAAUAUCAGGUUUAUGUUGCUUUGAAGAUUGUACGAAAUGAAAAGCGUUUUCAUCGGCAAGCUGAAGAAGAAAUUAGAAUUUUGGAUCAUUUACGAUGGCAAAAUCCUGAUGAACAUAAUAUUGUACGAAUGUUCGACCAUUUUACAUUUCGAAAUCAUAAAUGUAUAACUUUUGAAUUAUUAUAUAUAAAUCUUUAUGAACUCAUUAAAAAGAAUAAAUUUCAAGGAUUUAGUAUGCAGCUCGUACGAAAAUUAGCACAUUCAAUGCUAUUGUGCCUUGAAUUAUUGAAUCGAAAUCGUUUAAUUCAUUGCGAUUUAAAACCCGAAAAUGUUUUAUUAAAGCAACAUGGAAGGAGUGGAAUAAAAGUUAUCGAUUUCGGUUCGUCAUGUUUUGAUGAUCAAAGAAUUUAUACUUAUAUUCAGUCGAGAUUCUACAGAGCCCCUGAAGUGAUUAUGGGCGGAAAAUAUGGAAUGCCAAUUGAUAUGUGGUCAUUUGGAUGUAUUUUAGCUGAAUUAAGUACGGGAUAUCCUCUUCUUCCAGGUGAAGAUGAAAACGAUCAGCUAGCAUUAAUUAUUGAACUAUUGGGAAUGCCUCCACAAAAAUUAAUCGAAAACUCUAAACGAGCUCGUAAUUUUAUAUCUUCGAAAGGCUAUCCUCGUUAUUGCUCAAUAACUCAUACAGUUAAUGGAAGAGUUAUACUUUCUGGAUGCCGAUCUAAGCGAGGAAAGCCACGAGGUAUACCAGGUAGUCGAUCAUUGGCAAGUGCAUUAAAAAAUCAAGAUGAAUUAUUUCUUGAUUUUAUUUCUCGUUGCCUUGAUUGGGAUCCUGAAACACGUCUUUCUCCUUAUCAAGCAUUAAAGCAUCCUUGGCUAAAACGACAACUUCCUCGUCUUCCUAUGGAAAUCCGAUGA